AUGUUCGCAUCGUCGAUUUAUGUGUUGUCACUCGCUGCAUUCCUCUGCCAUGCCGUCUCAUCCCCGAGCGCCGCCACGGAGCACGCCAGCGACGAUGAGGAGCCGCCGAGGGCGGAGGCGCUGGCGGGUCAGGUGGAGCUGGCCGACCUGCCGGUCUUCCCUCAGCGCUCCGACGCCGUGUACUUCGUGGUGGCGGCUGCGGGGGGCGCUCGCCAGUGGGGCCGCAUCCUGGGGCGCACCCUCCUCGACAUGGGACCACCGUUCAGUAGCCCCCAGGGCCCGGUGCUGCGGCCCAUCUACGUGGAUCUCCCGCAGAACGGCAGGUUCUCCUCGAAGCUCCUCACGUCGCUGUGCCAGAAGACGGAGAAUCAGCCACUGACUGGAAUUAUUGUGAUUGGCGAGGGACAGUCCGCUCGGGCCACGGCAUUGUCCGGAUCGGCGAUGAAGCUGCCGGUGCUCUGGGCCAAGGGCGGAACCGCCAGCCUUAAUGGAUUGCACAAAGAGAUCCAAACACCUUUUCAAGCGAUGCUGCAACCGUCCUCGAAGGAAAUUCUCGAAGCAAUAAGAGCACUGUUUCUACAGACUCACUGGCAUUCAUUUUUUAUCAUGUCGGAUGUGGAGGCGUCAAUGAUGCUGGGAGGAAGUGAAGGUGCACCACUGAGAGAUCCACCACUUGUUCCUACAAUUUUACCGCUUCCGGCAAACAACGACGAUGUGUUCAGACAAUUGGCCCAAGUGUCCAAGUCAACGAGGGGAGUUGUCCUGCUGCUGUGUGACUUGUUGGCAGCGCGGAAAGUCAUGGCGGAGGCGCAGCGACUCAACAUGGUCGGGGGGCACUUCAUAUGGCUGUGGGCCGACCCCAGCUCCUCCACUGAGUUCUACGACGUCACGCAGCCGUCCGAGGUGGAGCUGAGCGAGAAGCUGGAGAGUGAGAAUCCCGAAUUCACGGCCGCCAUCCGGAGGGAGAGUGAUUCAUGGUUUGACCCCGUCGACGGGACACUCUCGCACCACUUGGACGACCUCGAGGAGCGCCGGUCGGACUUUGACGAGUACAGUGCAAGGAAGAAGCAGAGGGACAAGUCGCGGACGCUUCCCAGGCAGUUUGGUGGGCAAAUUAUCGGCCUGAAGGCGGACGAUGGGGUGAAGUCUGUGAGGCGGAAACGAGAGGACGAAAGUGAUUCAUCCACUGACACACCCUCGCAAGAGUCGUCUCUGGAGGCGAAUUCCGGCGGCGCGGCACACGCCGAGGGCGACAGCGGCCCCUCCGACGACGACAGCAGUGACGAGAUCCACCUCAAUCCUGUGCACAGUGACAAUAAGGCCGGCGCGGCGAUCGACGGCGUCGCGGCGGACGCGGGCAAGCUGAAGCGCAACCCAUUCCUGCACAACGCCACGGCGCACGUGCUCUUCCACCACUUCAACGACUUCCCCGUGGGCUUCCUGGCGCUGCGGCCCGUCCGGAUGGCCGUGGACCGCCACUUCGUGCGCUCCGUGGUGCGCCUGUUCGCGCACACCUGGGCCACGGUGGAGCUGGAGGCGGUCGCCCAGGAGGCGCGGCGCGGCCGCGACCCGCCGCGGUCCAGCAGGCGUCUGGCGCGUCGGCGGCGCGCCAGCGGCAAAAGUGAAGUUAACAGUAGUUUUACGGCGAGAACCUUAACCACCCACAGUGACUUAAGUGUAGAUUUAGGCAAUAGACUUAUGCGUGAAAACACAAGUGGCUUAAAUGUUAAUCACACAAGCAAUAAUCGAGCGGAAGAGAGCGUGAAAGUGAGCGUGUCCAAGAGGCAAAACACCUGGUGGUCGCUGAACAGAACGGAGCCCACGAUGGCGACCCCGGGGCGCCCCAGAAGCCAGGUUGUGGAGAGAUUGGGCAGGAAGUUCAGUGCGCCACAGUACAGAGGGGGAUGCUUCGGCUCCCCCAGCAGAGUGGACGCUCGCCGGGCGGAGUACUUUGCCAGAAUCUUGAGGGAGAACACUAAACUCGCCAUGUCGGGCAAUUUCCUGGUGGACGGCUUGCUGGAGAAGCCUUUAACGACGCACUUUGAGAUCCUCAACCUCGUGCCGAGCGACAUGAAGCUGCGCCAGUCGCCGGAGUACGGCUCGGACGCGGAGCCGGAGGACGACGGCAGCCGGAAGUGGCGCAGGGUGGGUCUGGUGUCCGGCACGGAUGUGCACCUGGACACAAUAGUGUGGCCAGGAGGGGACAUUGUGGUGUCGGGACUCUCGGCACGACCGCGCUCAGUGUUCCGCGUUGUGACCGCUCUGGCCCCACCUUUUGUCAUGGAGUCGGACCUGGACGAGGAUGGAUUGUGCCUGAGAGGACUGUAUUGUCACCGAUUGUCCACCGCAGGGCGACACAAUCUCACGUUGAUGUUCAAUGAUAUAGAAACGAGAAAUCGCCUCAACGACGAGGUGGACCGUCAGAGUGAGGCCAAUUACAAAGAGAGAAAGAGGAGUGAUUGGUGUGGGGAAAAUGCUUUCAGGACAAAAUGCUGCUACGGCCUAUCCAUGGAUUUGCUGGAGAACAUCGCCACGGAGUUGGGCUUUGAGUUUCAUCUCUACAUUGUACGUGAUGAGUUGUACGGCACGAAAUUGCCCCCAAGACAGCCGUGGGGACACAAAUCCCCAAGCAAUCACGUGGCGGAAGAGACAAAGAACCUGCCCGUGGCCACAAGUCACAAAUCAACCAUUGACAAGGACAGAGGCGAUGGUGGGACAGCUGAGAGGUUCUCCGGACCGCAAGCCUACUUGGGCGCCACUCUCGGGGGCGCCACACUCGGCGGCGCCGCGGAGGACUACGAGCAGAAAUAUCGCCUGAACGCCAAUUCCGACCCGAACAACAUCUUCGGGCGCAGGAACCAGAAGAAGUACUUCACGAGGGGCGGCCAGAGGAUUGACACCGCCCACGAGUCUGACCCCGUCAACAUCCGCAGCCACACGGGCCGACGUGACCUGAGAUCGGAGCACUGGAAUGGGAUCAUCAGGGACUUGGUGUCGGGCUCCGCGGACAUGUCCUUUGCCCCCCUCAGCGUGUCCAAAACCAGAGCCGAAGCCAUCGACUUCAGCGUUCCCUACUUCCACAGCGGAGUCUCGCUGCUCGCCGCGCCCAAGACCAAGUCCGACAUUCCCCUCCUGGCCUUCCUGCUGCCCUUCUCGCCGGAGCUCUGGAUUGCCAUCUUCACGUCGCUCAACAUCACCGCCAUCGCCGUGGCCGUGUACGAGUGGCUCAGCCCCUUUGGCCUCAAUCCGUGGGGGCGACAGCGCAGCAAAAACUUCAGCAUGUCCUCAGCUCUGUGGGUGAUGUGGGGCCUCUUGUGUGGUCAUUUAGUGGCUUUCAAAGCGCCCAAAUCGUGGCCCAACAAGUUCUUAAUCAACGUUUGGGGUGGCUUCAGUGUGAUAUUUGUGGCUUCGUACACCGCCAACAUUGCCGCCCUCAUCGCCGGUCUUUUCUUCCACAACGCCGCCAAUAAGUAUGAUGCAUCGCUGCUUACCCAGCGCGUCGGAGCGCCAAUCGCGUCAGCUGCAGAGACGUACAUCCAGAAAAACGAUAAGCACUUGUGGGAGCACAUGCGGAAGUACUCGCUGCUGAGCAUCGAGGAGGGCAUUCGUGGCUUAAAAAAUGGCUCGUUGGACUUGCUCAUGGCAGACACACCAAUACUCGAUUACUAUCGCGCCACCGAUCAUGGAUGCAAUUUGCAGCGCAUCGGCGAGACGUACGUGGAAGACACUUAUGCCAUUGGAAUGACAAAGGGCUUCCCUCUGAGAGAUUCAAUAUCGGCACUGAUAGCAAAAUAUUCGAGUAAUGGAUACUUGGACAUCCUCACGGAGAAGUGGUAUGGUGGCCUGCCAUGCUUUAAGCUGGGCAUUGAAAUUGCUCAACCACGUCCGCUUGGAGUUGCCGCCGUGGCGGGAGUUUUUCUUCUGCUCGGUCUGGGCAUGAUUCUCGGCUGUCUCAUCCUCAUCUUCGAGCACUGGUUCUACAAGUACGCCCUGCCCAUCCUCAGGCACAAGCCCAAGGGGACAGUGUGGAAGAGUCGCAACAUCAUGUUCUUCAGUCAGAAACUGUAUCGAUUUAUUAAUUGCGUGGAAUUAGUGUCGCCACAUCAUGCGGCUAGAGAAUUGGUGCACACGCUGAGACAGGGACAAAUUGCCAGCUUGUUCCAGAAGAGUAUAAAGAGGAAGGAAGAUGAACAACGUCGCCGCAGGAAGAGCAAGGCGCAAUUCUUCGAGAUGAUUCAGGAGAUUAGAAGAGUGCAGCAGGAGGAGCGCGAGACGCCGCUGCCCGUUGUCGAGGAGAUUGGCUCGAAUCUCGAGAUGGCAGCGGCUGCGGCGCACGAGAAUCCACCCAAGCAUCCCAAGGUGAGUCCCAAGCCGAAGCUCUUCGCCAAGAAGGACUCCCGCUCGCGCUCCAACUCGUCGGGACUCAACGUGAGGCGCUUCAGCACGGACAGCAUUCUGGGCGAGAGAAUGGACACAAUUGGCAGGAGGCUCAGCCGAGACAUCUCCUACUCGCCUCCUGACCUUGGUCACAGAUUUGAGACCUUCGGGAAAGGUCUGGGCGCGUCGUCGUCCAAGUUUGACACCUUCAGCGGGACUAGAAGCAGUCUGCCGGAGGAGCCUGAUGUGAUUGGGAAGAAGUUCUCCAACAAGAGAACACCGCUGAAUCUGGAUGUGUACGAGGGCAGGAGAUCGCAGGACAAUCUCGAUGCCAUAACGCCACUCAAGGAGCGCCUGGCCCCUCCCAUUUGCAUCCUGGAGCCCGCGAGUGCAGUGCUGAGGGACAAGCUGCACGAGGAGCUGAAGGAGAAGUACGGCGGGAGCAGGAAGAGCAACCAAGUCCGCAGGAGUCUGUCGCAGCAGCAGGAUCUGUCACCAGCGACAACUUCACGGAGCAGGAAUACACUGGACAUUGCGACGAGGAGUCAGCAGGCGACUCCUUCGCCGCACAGGACAAAGAGGGAUCUCGAGUGCACUCGCGCGCCGAAAACCCCCGCAAAAACCAAUGGCAAGAAGUACUCCCUGGAGCGCCUGUCCAGGGAGGAGCUGAUGAGGCUCUCGCACAGUUCGCAGGACGAAAUCCACGAGUACCUCGAGAAGGAGAUACAGUCGCCCGAGCCCCCUUGACGGAAGGAUUCGUACGAGGAUGAAACCUCAUGGAUUUGAUUGCACCGCGCAAGAGGCGACUCCUGGUGUGACAAUCGGGAGUGGCCCGUCGACAAUUGUGCAGGACUCUUUCUGGGCAUCCUCGUCAGACAACUUGUUCAUAGUUCCACGUGCUUGAGGGGAUGGAAAAUUUGUUAGAAACUGUGGUGGAUUCAGGAGAAAUCCUUAGUGGUAAGUUUGCUUGCAGGAAUAAAAAAAAAAUAUUGAGUAAAAUGAAAGUGAGGCAGAAAUCAACUUAGAGAAACACAAAUUAAUUCAAAAGAAAAAAACAAGAAGAUAUAAUCAAAAGACGAAGACCUUAGAUUAAAUUGCUUGAAAUGAAAAUAAAGAGAAAAAUAAAAUUGAGUUAGGAAGAAUUUGAGGAAGCGAUUCGUGAGCGAAACAACUCUUGUUAGCUAUUAAAUGAAAUAUACAAUUGCAACGACCAUUUUAGACUCUAGCUGAAAUAUUUAUAUUAGCUAAUUAGGCGUGAAAAAAAUGAUAAAUUCUAUUGCGCGAUGACACACUUUAAGGGCAUCUAUGAUUUUCAAAACAUUUUACUAAAUUGAAUGAAGAUUUAAGAAGAAAAAAAAUGUAUUAACUUCUCUAAGAGACGAACUUUAGCCUUGAAACACCUUUUAAAAUGAAGAAACUUAGUAUAGCGAUUGAGAAUUAAUAUAUCCCCCUCGUAGAGCAAGAAGGAAGUAUUAAAAAAAAAACAAUUUUGUAGUGAAUGGUUGUCAAUUUCAAAAUUUUACUAGUGCUGAAAAAAUCUAUAAACAAGAAAAUUAUGAAAGAAGAGUUGAAAUUUAUUAGAAAACAAAUAAAAAAAAAUUUGGCUUAAGAUUUUCGCAAAAAGUGAGAAACACUAAAAAAAAAUUUCGAGCAAAGUAAAAACAUCCGUUGACGUUCAAAUCCUAAUCAAAAGAAAAAUAAAGAUCAAGGUGAGUCAGAGGGAAUAAAGAAUCUUAUUAGUAGAAAAUAGUGUUAUUGUAACUAAGAGAAGAGAUAUCGAUUGAUAUAUUUUUAUCGCACAAUUUCAUGAUAAAAAAAAAGAAAACAUUUUUUGUAUAAUGAUAAAAUUGAAAGGAAAAAACCUUCAGGUGAGGAAAACACUGUAAAUUCGCGCCUUUAUCUCAUGACACUUAAGAAGCCAACAGGAUGACAAAGCGAAAAGAGAGGGAAGAAAUUUGUUAUUUAUUGAUACUUUCAUACUGCCAAGUGGAUUUACCUUUCAUUGAUGUGUGCGUGUGAAAAAAAGAUGCACAAAUGGAAUGGCGAAUGAGUAUAACAAAAGAGAUAACAUUAACAGAAGUGAAACUAAAAUCGUUAACACUAAGUAAUGAAGGUAUUUGAGUGGUGGGAAAACAUUAACAAAAUACACGAGUUGUUAAAAUAACCUUUUAUUAACAUCAUAAAAUCAAAUUGAUAAAAAUUUAUUGAAAUGUUAAAGAAAACACACUAAAAAAAAACUACUUUUUGACGAAAUUGCACUCAAAGAGGGAUUAAAUAAAUAAAUUUAAAAAAAAAUGUUAUUUGAGAAAAAAAAUUAGACGAGAAGUAAAGUGGAAGAAUCUCUAAAUUUAUGCUAGUUAUUCAUUGAAGAACCACACAAAUUAUUUCUAUCUAGAUGAGGUUAGGCUAAACAAAGAGAUAAUCAAAUUUAAUAGAACAAAUAUCAUCUCUUAUGUAAAGUUCGACAUAGAAGUGUUUGUAAAUUAGCGAAUUGCCUCCCGAGUGAGAGGGAGAGAGAGAGAGAGGGAGAAAGAGGGAUUCAUGCCAACAAUGCACUUGAAACUUUAAAUAUUUAUUGGAGACACUGAAGAGGGUUAUUGAUUUAGGGCUGAAUUUCACUUUGAUAACAAUUGGAGAUGAAUGGAGAGAAAUUUCCUAAUGGAAUUGUUCAAUUUGUUUGGAAAUCUGUUCUCUCAAAGUUAUAAUAUAUGAUGAAGAUGGAUUCCACAAGAAAAAAAAAGAGUCAUAUUUAAUUCUGUGAAAACGAUGUAAAUAGUGUAAAUAGAUCGAUUAGACCAACAAUAAUAAAAGAAAAAUGUUAACAAAUUACUAUUCUAAA